AUGUAUUCCAAUAUCACCGAGUUGCCUGAUUCAAUUGGCAAUUUGAAACAUCUGCGGUAUCUUGAUCUAUCCUAUACUAAAAUCACAAGGUUGCCUGAUGCCACCUUUAAACUUUGUAAUUUGCAGACUUUGCUUUUAUCAUACUGUAAGUCUUUCAGUGAAUUGCCUAAGAGUAUAGAAAAGCUUGUCAACCUACGUCACCUGGAUAUCACCGGCACUGCUUUGAAGGAGAUGCCAACACAGAUUACCAAACUACAAAAUCUUCAUAGUUUGAGUACUUUUAUGGUGAGCAAACAAUCGGAUGGAUUGAAAAACAAGGAGUUAAUAAAGCUACCUCAUCUAGAAGGCAAGCUUUCAAUUUUGAAGUUACAAAAUGUUGUUGAUCCCAUGGAUGCUUUCGAGGCAAAGUUGAAGAGAAGAGAGAAAAUUGAGGAGUUAGUGUUGGAGUGGGAUAGUGAUGAUUCUCAAGACUCACCAACAGUGAAAAAUAUACUCAACAUGUUUCAUCCUUCAGCAAAGUUACAGAGAUUGACCAUCAACCGUUAUGGUGGUACUAGCUUUCCAAAUUGGGUGGGAGAUUCUUCAUUUACCAAUAUCACCUUUUUAUGCGUGAGCAAUUGCAAAGGUUGUUUAUCCCUUCCACCUUUUGGGCAAUUACCUUCUCUUAAAGAGCUUUCAAUUCAAGGAAUGGCUUCUGUAAAGCUAGUUGGGCAUGAGUUCUAUUGCAAUCAAGCAGGCUCCUCUUCAUUUCAUCCAUUUCCAUCAUGGGAAGUUCUAAAAUUUGAAGAUAUGCGGGCUUGGGAGCAAUGGAGGAUACCAUUUAAAGGUGAGGGUAUCGAAUUUCCCUUUCCUAGUCUCAAACAUUUGUACUUGUAUAAUUGUCCUCAGUUGAAGGGAGACAUGCCCGACAAUCUUCCAUCACUGAGAAAGGUCGAUAUACUAAACUGCAAUCAUUUGGAAGCCAAAUCAUCAGCAUUGAAAGGGAUUGCUUGCAUUCAAAAAUUAAACAUUAACCAAGGGGAAAAGGACUUGUUGAGGGCCAUUGAAAAUUUUUCUCUAGACUCAUUGAAACGUCUUAGAAUUACUGAUUGUUCCAGCUUGCAGUCUUAG